GAUUCACCUGUCUCUUCCAUUGACAUCACGUAUAUCUUUGCAUCGCCAUGGAUAUACCGAAGGUCUGUUCGGCUCCGUUCGAUCUGAGAGCGCCUUCGCUCCUGACCUUGCCGGCGGAGAUCCGCAACAGCAUCGACGAGUACAUUUUCACUCGGCCCGAAUCAAUCCUGAUACACGAUGCCGACUUCUAUUACAACAGCGGAUCGUAUGGGUGCGAAAACAAUGGCCACUUCUUAUUUCCCAAGCAUACAUUCAGCAGCGACGAAGAGGAGCAAGUCUACCAGUCUAAAAAGACGCGCUGCAGCAAAAGCUUGAAGGGUUGAGAGACAAGAUCAGAUGCCGAGAAGGAGAACGUGCUUCUCUUCAGACAUGAGGCAUCACUUGAAUUAUCCUGUUGAAGUCGUGUCGCCAAAUGUACCACGAGACAUCUAGUAUCUUAUACUCCAAGAAUACAUCCG